AAACACUGUGAUUGCGAAAACAACAUUUAAUAAAUAAUAAAUAAUUAAUAAAGGAAUUACCAGUUUUGGAAUUGAGUCAACACACAAUUUAAAAAAAAAUAUAUAUUCAAUUACGAUACGAUACAUAAAACAAUUUAAACAUCUUUAAAACGAGCACUUUCGGUAUCAUAUAAUAAUUUAAGUUAACUGCAAUUUUAUAUACUUACAUAAAUAUGCUUGUUUGCCUUAAAUUACAUUCGUAUGGAAUAAAUUCAACAAAAUAAUUGAACUUAUCUCAAGCAAUAACAACAAAUUAUUGUCUAAUUCUUAACGUUAAAAGCAAAUUAUCAUCAUCCGGAUGUAGGGGGAAACUGGCGCAAGGCUGUCAUUUGCAGGCAAUGCACCGACUUGCGAAUCGAUUGGGUGGACCUGGCCUAAGAUGGGGAGCUUGCUGUUUGCAGCUUUAUUCAUAGCGCUACAUUUUGCCACCGGCGGCCUUGGCAACCCUGAUGCAAAACGUUUAUACGACGAUCUUCUUAGUAACUAUAAUCGGUUAAUCCGACCAGUUGGCAAUAACUCUGAUCGUUUAACGGUCAAAAUGGGUCUUAGAUUAUCACAAUUGAUAGAUGUUAACUUAAAAAACCAAAUUAUGACAACAAAUGUGUGGGUGGAACAGGAAUGGAAUGAUUAUAAACUUAAAUGGAAUCCUGAUGACUACGGAGGCGUCGAUACCCUUCAUGUACCAUCCGAACACAUAUGGCUUCCAGAUAUUGUCUUGUAUAAUAACGCCGACGGCAAUUAUGAAGUGACAAUAAUGACGAAAGCAAUUUUACAUCAUACGGGUAAAGUUGUAUGGAAACCUCCUGCUAUUUAUAAAUCGUUUUGUGAAAUAGACGUUGAAUACUUUCCAUUUGAUGAACAAACAUGUUUCAUGAAAUUCGGAUCAUGGACUUACGAUGGAUAUAUGGUUGAUUUACGUCAUCUAAAACAGACUGCCGAUUCGGAUAACAUUGAAGUUGGCAUCGAUCUACAGGAUUAUUAUAUAUCAGUCGAAUGGGAUAUAAUGCGAGUGCCAGCAGUACGAAACGAAAAAUUUUAUAGUUGUUGUGAAGAACCUUACUUGGAUAUUGUGUUUAAUUUAACAUUGAGACGUAAAACACUUUUUUAUACCGUUAACUUAAUAAUACCUUGCGUGGGUAUAUCAUUUUUAUCAGUACUUGUAUUUUAUUUGCCAAGUGAUUCAGGUGAAAAGAUUUCACUCUGUAUUAGUAUUCUUCUAUCGUUGACUGUGUUUUUUUUGCUACUCGCCGAAAUUAUACCCCCGACGUCCUUAACAGUACCAUUGCUUGGAAAAUAUUUGCUGUUUACUAUGAUGCUGGUCACUCUUUCUGUAGUUGUGACAAUUGCUGUACUCAACGUCAACUUUAGAUCACCUGUAACGCAUAAAAUGGCACCAUGGGUGCAAAGGCUGUUUAUUCAGAUCUUACCCAAAGUCCUAUGCAUUGAAAGGCCGAAAAAGGAUGAAGGAAGUGAAGAUGAACAGCAGCCCGAAGUGUUAACAGAUGUAUUUCACUUACCCCCAGACGUCGAAAAGUUCGUUAAUUAUGACACAAAACGGUUUAGUGGAGACUAUGGAAUUCCUGCUUUACCCACUCAUCGUUUUGAAAUAGCUCCUUCUGGCAUCAUAGGCCCAUGUUUUGGUGAUCCUCCGUUGCCAUCAGCACUGCCUCUACCUGGUGGAGAUGAUGACCUCUUUAGCCCAUCAGGUAAUGGUGAUAUAAGUCCUGGCUGCUGUGCUGCCGAUAUUAGUCCUACGUUCGAUAAACCAUACGCAAGGGAAAUGGAAAAGACAAUAGAAGGCUCUCGGUUCAUUGCGCAACAUGUUCGAAACAAGGACAAAUUUGAGAGCGUGGAGGAAGACUGGAAGUAUGUUGCAAUGGUUUUGGACCGCUUAUUUCUUUGGAUAUUCACAAUAGCGUGUAUUCUUGGCACAGCAUUAAUUAUAUUACAAGCACCUAGUUUAUAUGAUCAUUCACAGCCAAUAGAUAUUUUGUAUUCAAAAAUAGCUAAGAAAAAAUUCGAAUUGCUAAAAAUGGGCAGCGAAGACGUAUAGCGACCACUUGGGUUCGCAGCCGGUUGGUGGAAUAUGAUCCAAGGCUGGUUGCGAACUCUGUUUGAGGCUCGUGACGAUGACAGAGGAUAAUAUCCAAUGAAUUUAAUUGCCACAUCGUCGUCUCUCACGACGAUGUCGCCUUCAUUUUCUUCUUCAUCGUUGUUUAAUCCUAUUACUGAGUCACCAUCGUCUUCGCAGCCAUUGUUAUCCUUUUCAUCGUCAUUACAACCACUUGCAAGCCACACUUGAUAAAUUAAGAAAUAGGUUAUUAACAUAUAAUAUAUAAUUGGAAAGGAUGUACGAGCUGUAAUUCAAUUUCAAUAGCAUGAACAAAAACCAUCAGAAGAGAAUAGCCCCUGACAGGUUUCCGUACAAGAAAAAUAAAAAAUAAAAAAAAUAAACAAAACAAAAACAAAAAUAAAUAAAAACAAUCUGUAAAUAUUAGAAUAUUUGAGUGAAUAAGAUACUAUAUUCACAGAUUAUGUAUUCACUUACCUAUUGUUAGCUUUAAAAAUUGAAUAUUUCUUCACUUGAAUGGAAUACUGUGUGCUGUGUGUUAUUGUGUUGUGCGGAAUUGUUUUUGUUCAUGCUAUUGAUUAAAAAAAAACAGUUAAGUUGUUAAGGUAAUUUUAACAAAAAAAAAAAAACAUAAAAACAAAAAUAUUAUUCAAAAACGUAAUAAUAGACUAAAACUUUUGUUCGAAUAAAGGGAAAAAAUACUUUUUUAGUUCUGAUAUUAUUUUUUUCGAAAGUAUGAUGAAAGACGAAACACAAACAUUCACAACCAUUACAAUAUUUCGCUAUAGUAUUAUUCAGAAAACGGGGUUUAUAAAAAGCUAAAUAGCAGCAAAAGUAUAGACGACAGAGACACAAUGGUUAAAGAGUUAAGAGUUGCCUUCAAAAGGAAGCAAAGGAAGGCGAAUGAUUUUUAUUAUAUUUGUAUGAAAUUUAUUAAGAUUUUUAAUAAACGAACUCGAUGUACAUUUGUAUAUAUAUACAUAUGUUUAGUUUUCAUAAAAAAUAUCUGUUUUUCAUUUUAUUUUGUUCUUAAAACUCUUACACAUAAUAUUUAGAUCAUAAUUUAGACAAACGGAUGUAGUAGGUAACGCCUUUUAAGUGCAGCGAUUAAAAUUAUCAUUAUGGGUUUCGAACAUGUACCUACGUUACAGUGUCGUGAUUUGUAUAGGUUUUUGAUUAUGUUUUCAAUUGGAACUUAAUAUGCAAAAUAUGCAAAGAUUCUUAUUCAAUCGAAUAUAAAAAGGAAAUUUUUAUAUUUCAUCACACUGACCCUUUUUAUAUACAGAAGUUCUAAUGCCAUUUCAGGAGUUGAAUGUAUUUUCGCCAUUGAGUUUUGCUAUCUUAAAAUUAAUUAAACGAUCUGGAUGACCCUAUUUUUUUGUAAAAACUAAUUUUUCACUUUAACUUUGCAAAAAUGUUUAGCAAAAAGUCCGCUCCUCAUUGCUUCUAGUUUCAAAAACGAAAUUCAGAUUCAAGUGCCUGGUUGAAACAAAUUAUUUAAUGUACAUAUGUACAUAUGUAUGUACUAGGUAAAGCUUGUUUAGUUAGUUAGUUGAGGAGUCACAAUUCUAGGUUCUUUUGACAAUCUUGUCGAAAAUAAACAUCUACUGAGAAUACAGCAGACAAAAAGACUAAUACAAAUCUUUUCAAUAAAUCAAAAGUUGAUUAAUAUCAAAGUUUUGCAUUUAAAAAACCAUCAAAUAAGAAUAAUAAGAUGAUGAAAAUCAUUCUUCAGACUGAUAAAUAUACUUACAAGAAGUUGCUAUUUAAAGAAAUAAAAUUCAAUAUUUAUCAUUCCCCUUCUAAGACUAUUCAGCCCAAGACCUCGAAAUUCCAGGAAUGCUCAUCAGUUAACCCUUGAGCUCAAUUUCGAACGUACUGCCAAGUAAAUAUAGAGAUUCUUUUUUUAACCACGCAUCUAGAAUGUUGAACCCAACUCCGUCAUAUUGAUAUUCAAAACUUUACACCAAUGUGUACCAGUAUCUCCUUUUAAAUCCCUGGAGAGCCUGUAUUGUAUACAAAUAUAAAAGGUAGAGCUCAAUAUUAUGACACUGACAUGUUUCAAUAGUUUCAAAUAUGUUUAAUACAUGUUGAAAACUAUUGACUUAUUGUCUAAACAUAAUUUAUUAAAAAAAAAAAACAAAGAGAUAUCACAUGUUUUCUAUUCUGUUUAUAUCUUUGAUAUGUUUAUGUCUUGAAAAUGCAUUUUCAUCAAUAAGAAUGGGGUAUUGAAUUAACUUAAUAUUAUAUUUACAAGGUAGACUGGUUCCACUCUCAGAAGAAUUCAAUCAGUAUGUUAAAUUUUUAAGGUACUGGUUUGAAGGUACGGUUUUGCUCUUUUACAUAAAUAUGUAUCCAUAAAUAUGACUAAACUGUUUUCUACUUUGAUUUUUGUAUUAUUUUUGUUCUUUUAUAUUUUCCUCUGCAAAUUUAAUUAUAUUAUUAUUCAAAAGUGUAACAAAACUCCUUGAGCUUUGAGGCUAAGAUUUGAAAAACUUUUUAUUCUUAAACAUAUCCACCACACAUAAUAACACUUAAUAACUUUUGUUAGUAAAUCGAUUUAAAAAAAUAAAUUUCAGCUUACUGAUAUGUGUUCAAUUUUUUAGGAAUUCAAAAAUGGCAUAUGUACUUAAAGUUUCUUAUCGUUGUUUUGUUGUAAGAUUUUUAAAGAGUUAACAGAAUUAAUGUUUAUAUGGAGGGAUUCAUUUUAUUUGUUUUGCAGUGUUCUGUUUUACCUUUUUUAAAAAAUGGUUUUUACGCUGGUUGCUGGUUUCAAAUGAAAUAUUUUUAUAAAGUGCGUAAAGUUGGAUUUAAAACAUCUAUAUAUUUGUAUAUUAUUUUUUGGUUCUUAAAUACACAUACAGCUUCUUAUGACUUCGUUUGUUAAGUAAAGUGUUUUUUUCCUGGGUAUUUUCCUGUAUACUGGGAUUCAGGUCACGCUAUCGAAUCUAUCCACAGUCAAAUUUAAAUGAACUGAAAAUUACAGCCUGCACAAAAAUUGCACAAUUUCAUUAUGUAUAUAAUAUGUAUUAAAUAUAUGAAGCAUUCAAGAAUUCUGUCCUUAUAUCCCAGUCCCUGUGAAAGGAAAGUACUUCAAUAGCUACAUUUAUUAAAGUACUGAUUUUCUAAGAUUGAUUUUUGUAUUUUAGUUUAUUUUUUCUUUCUGUAAAAAUGUAUGCUUAUAAGUGUUGUGACACAUUUAGUAAUAAAAAAAUAAUAUUACAAAAGUAUGUUAAAGGUUGAAAACCAUAUUCACUUGUUUCCAAAUUAAACAUAUGUAUGUAUGUAUAUCUUUAUGUUUAUUACAUCUAAGCCACUUAAUAUUAAAUUUAAUAAAACUAUUAUGCUUAAACACAAAUAAAAAAAAAUAUUAGAAACCUUUAAAUAAUAUACAUUUGAAUAAAAGACAAUGGAAAACAUAUACAGUUAACAUUUUAAAAAAAAAUUAGAUAAAAUAAGUAACUUAAAUCAGAAGAAAAUAUUUAAUAAAAAUAUUAUAGUUAAAUAAGCAAAACUGCUAAAAAUAUUUUUUUUACUUAGUAUCUGAGUAUAAUUAUCCAUUACAUAUUAUUCUCAUUAUUAUUCGUUAUCUUAUAUCAUUUCUUUUCAGCAGCAUUUUCUGUUCUCUUAAAACUUAUUUACAAAUGAUUUCAAAUUAAGUAUAAACCUUCUCAUGUUUUAUUUAUUGCAUAAUUUUUCUUACUCACACAAAGCUCCGUAUACUUCAUAGAAUAGCAUGUUUGAGGUUAAUCUCACUCAAGUGCAAGGUUUUAGUCGACCUAGUAUAUUUAUAAUAUCUUUUAAUUUUUAGUUAGUAAGAGCAUCUACAAACUAUUUAAAGCAAAUUAAACAUCGUGCUAUAACAUUUAAGAGGGACUUGUCUUUUCACUGUCUUACAAGCUCCAUAAACGAACGCUUUUUUAAACACAUAUUAACUAUUUUUCAAUGAUAAGAGUGCAAUUUAUAGUGUGAACCGUGGCUGGAGUGCAUUCAAAACAGUUUUAGUAUAAUACAGUAUUUUGCGGAUAUAAAAAACUCCCAAAUCAAUUUAAAAUCCAAAGAAGCAAUUUACUUUAAGAGAACAGAACCUUUUGCAAACAUUUUUAUUUGUCCAUUAUUGCGGUACCAACCUCAAUGAAAGCUUUCCAUUUUCUAGUGCAGUUUUGAAAAGACUUUAAACAAGCUGUAAAAAUUUUGACAAUUUAAUUAAAAUUUUACUUUUCGCUUGUUGUUCGUGUUUCUUCGUCAUCGAAGAAUUUUGAUCUUUUCAACUUUAAAAGUUUUCAGACAAUUCAUACUACAUGAAGAUUUACUUUGUUUUUCAGACUUUCUUAUAUUCGUGUUGCACUGUAUGUUACAUGAAGCAUGAAGUUAAGAAAUAGCAGCAAGUUGAACUUAUUUGGUAUCAAUUCUAAGUAACUUGAUCCUUUUUUAUAUUCGGAUCAGGUAAAGUAUUAAAGAAAAACAGUAGUUAGAACUUUACAUUUAAAGCCAUCAUUUUCUAGCUGAGAGCAGAUUGAUCAUUUUCAUUUCGAAAAGAAGUAUUUAUGAUUUCAUUAUACGGCUAAGUCACACUAGCGUCACACGAACUUAACUUAAAGCACUUCAUGUCAAAAAGACUGUAGCCAAAGUUGUGAUGCUGACGUUUCAUACUAGAUGCACUGGUUGCCUAAAGAUUUAACUACUGAUACGAUUAACUUUAAAGUUAUAGGUGCUGUACUAAAGUUAUGCGAUGAUAAAAAUAUUUGAUACAUACAAAAUUGUGACAAAAUAAAUAUUUACUAACUCUCUUUAUUUUUGUUAAACUGGGAAGAUAGAUAACUUGUAAUAAUUUUUGGGGGUAUCUGUUUACCGAAAUUGAAGUUAUAAUUUAUGAAUUAUGUCAUCAAUAAAAAUAUAUUAAAAAAUUAAAAAAAAAACAUAAACAUUUCAUUAAAAAAAAGACCUUUAAAGGAGAAGAACGAUGCGCGCCGUAGCCGAAAGAAACGCCAUCGAAUUUCACUUAGUUUUGUUCCGUAUAGGUAUAUAACAGGCAAAUAAGCUAAUACAAAAUAAAUUGUAGGGAAAUAUCUGUAGGCCCAAAUAUUCAAGCCUAUCACGAAUUUCAUCGUAAUCGGAAACUUUCACGAAUUCCGAAAAACCGUAUCACGAAAUCCGUUCGGAAUGAAAAGUUGUAUUUAAUUUUCCUCCAUAAAUGUAUUUAACAGUAGUUUUUUUUGGGAUUUCUAAAAGUUUCCGAUUACGAUGGAAUUCUUGAUAGGCCUGUUUUUUCUUUAAAAACACAACUUUUUUACAAAAAGUUUAUAUAGCUUCAUUGUUUGAUAUUUCAUAAUAGAAAAAAUAACUUCCUCUCUAAAGUUUUGAAAAACUGGAAUGGGAAGUAACGAAGGGAGGCAUGGGUUGCAUUUAGCUUUUUCAUGUAGAAUUAAUAAUCUAUUUCUUUAAAGCAGAAAACAUUGGUGGUGAGCUUAUAUUAAUUCGAAGUUAUCUAUUUUACUUGCUCAUAUACCCUUUGCUUCUAAUCUAAAUAAUAAUACAAUUAUUAUGAACUAAGAUUAUUGCAGUUUCAAAUCCACCAAUUUUGUUAACUAGCGUACGAUUAAUAAACGCAAGUUAUUAUCAAUGGAAACUCUUCUUUAUUUCUUUCUUUCGAGAAGAUAAAUACAAAUAUAUGAUUCGUUUAACAUACUGCGUAAAUAUUCUGUUAUCAAUUUUUUUUAAAUCUGCAUCUGUAUUCAGUUAAAAUAAAUUAGAAAAUGUAAUCCGAAAAAUAAGGGCGCCUAUACCUACAAAUAAUGAAUAAUGAUUACUUUUCGCAAUUAAUUUCAUUUUUCACUUCAAUAACAAGUAAUUAACCUCUUUAUCCAUAACAAUGACAUGUAAUUGUAAUUUAACAAAUAAACAUUUUAAAUGCCUGUUACUGUUAUUAAAAAAUAAAAUAUACGUUUCAUUUACUUGUAAUUGUAAUUGAAAAAAUGCACCUAUGCAAUUGAAAAAUGUAAUGCAUUUAUUUAAGUUUAUAAUUCAAAGUCAAUGUAAUUGAUUUCCUCAAUUGUUUAUUUAACUAAAGCAACAUAUGCAUAAAAGAAUUCAGCAUUCAGGAAAUUAUUUUGUAAUAUGUCCCCAAAUGCAAAUGACGAAAAUAAUAUAUAAUUAAAUGUUGUUUGCUGUUUUUGAUCAUUACAUUUAUAUGUAAUUAAAUUACAUGCAAUUAGUAAUUGAAAUUCAUCAAUUACAUUUACGUAAAAUACAAAUGAUGAAUAUAAUAUAUAAUUAUAUGUUUGUGUAAUGAUAACUGGAAAAAGUUAUCAUUAUUGCUAUUUUUAAUUAUUGCAUUUAUGUAAUUGCAUUACAAGCAAUCAUCAAUUGAAAUCAAUUAAUUACAUUUUAAAGUAAUUGAAAAAGUGUAUGGAAAUUUCAAUUUGUUUGUAAUCAUUUUUUUGGAUUCUCAACUCUGACCUACAUAUACGUAGUAGGUCCAACAAAUUUAUUCUGCCUUUAAUGAUAAUAAUGAUAUUUGAUAUUAAAAAUAAAAACUUCUAAAAACAGUGCAGAUGCUUUCCUUUAAUUAUUUAUAUCUCAAAAAUCAGUAACAAAAUUUCCAAAUGCAAUUUAAACAAAAUCGAAAUUGAGUGAGUUUCCAUAGAGCAAUGAAGAUAAGUUAUUCUAAGAACAAGAAACGUUAUGGUUUGAAAAGAAAGCUAUUACCAACUUUCCAUUUUUGUUUGGUAUACGAGUAUGUACCAACCAUACAUAAGUUUUUUGAUGUUAUAAUUUACUACGAUUUAAAUACAACACAUUUUACAAAUUUCACUUAAAUUAAUUUUGUUAAGCAACAUCAUAUUCUUAAUUUCUUAAAUUUAUGUCAACGAUAUAUAUUUAACAAUAAUAUUAAUAUUUUUUUUAUUUAUAAAAGCAAACAAAGUUAGGAACUACACCCAAAAUAAACUCACGCAAUUUUUAACACAGUUAUUUUUCAUUAGCUUUUAUAAAUCCCGAAUUCGCACAGUAAGACAAUCAAAGCGCGGUUACGCUUUUAGUUCCAAAAAAUUUGAGGCCUAAUCUGCAUUAAAACAAAAAUAACAGCAUAAAAACAUUAUGUCUUAAAUACGCAAUCGCAAUUUUCUCACAGGUUGUGUUUUUUAAUAUACAUGAGUAUUUAUAUCAUUUUAAUUAUUUACAUAUUUGUUCCGUAUUGAUUGGUUAAAAUUUGGCAUUUAGCAUUAUUAUAAUUAAAUGAAUGGCCCUAGCGCAAUUUAAAUUAAUCUUAAAGUAGAUAGAAUAUAAAAAAAAGACCGUUGAAUACUGCCUAAGAAAAGAAUAAAAUGUUAAACUGAAUAAAAUACAUUAUAAAAACAAUUCAUAAAAAGAUAGUCGGAUCGAAGUUAACAUUGAGGGUAAGUUGUAUUUUAUAUGAAAAACAAAAAUAAACGAAACUGAUAAAAAUUGAUAUAUUUAUAUAAUUUAAGAGACCAGCUCUAAUGUAAAUAGUAUAGUUCAUGGAUUAUAAAUCUUAUAUUGAAGGUAAGAACUUUGCUGAUUUUGUUAAGUUUAUGACUAUUAUAAUGUUCUUAAGAAGACAUGCAAAAAAGAGGAUAAUAUCCGUAAUUAGAUUAGACGCAAAAUAUAAUUCGACUUCAAUCCCACAUUAGCUUUAUAAAGACAAAUUAUGUAAAUAUAUAGUUUUGAUUGGAUAAGAUAAAAUAAUUAUUUAUUUCACAGUACAGUUAUGAAAAAAAUAUUGCCGUUUCCAAAAAAAUAACAGACAUACGUAAAUCACAUCAUAUUUUCUAUGCGUUUUUGUUUUUAAUUUUAUUUUUUAAUUUUAUUUUUCAGACAACGAAGCAUUGUUAACAGAUGCUAUAAUAAAAAUUUGAGAUAUGUAUGUUUAUAUUCAUAUAAAAACAAAUUGUAAAUCAUAUAAAUUGACUGUUUUUGUUCACAUUUAUUUAGACAUUCAUACCUUAAAAACAGAAUAUGUGUACCCAAACUUUUAAAUUAAGUAAAUUUUGUAAAAAUGUUCAUGAAUAAAAUUAUAAGAAAAAUA